AUGUUUGGAAUUCAGCAAAACCAGAGCGCAACCAGGAGACUUACCGAUGCGCUUGACGAGCUCCAAGAUGCGAUGGGAAAUCUGUCUAAAGAAUGGGAGGAUUUGCGGAUAAAUACUCUGGGUUCUACUCAAGAAGCCCUGGGACAACUCAUUACCAAGCUUGAAUCCAAGCAGCUUGUCCUACAGAAACUCAAACCGAGGAUAUUGGAGAAAAAAAGCAAUCAGUCAAUAGAAAUGUUGGUUCAGAGGGUCCUGUGUUUCGUCUUCCACAUCCGAAGCUUGAUGAAACCACUUGAUACCAGAUCAAGAAUGUCUUACGGCACAUUGAGCACUGCGGCUCAGAGUUCCAAAGCGACCAAUGAUCCGGUGUACGUCAAAGGCAUCUAUGAAGCUGUGUUUGCUCGCUGGGAUCAUAUGCUACGUUGUUUUGAUGAGGUGUACCCCGUACGGCUACCAACAGACAAUGCCAAACCGGAUCAAACAUGGUCCCACGGAACAUCCGGGAAUCCAAUAGACACUUCCCAUCAUCAACCACUCCCUGAUCCUCCUCCGCAAACCACCUACUAUUUUCCUUGGGAGAUGAGCAAGCUAUAUGCAAGCGGCUUUAUGAUAUGA